CUCAGCCAAGUCCGACUCAGCUGAGUUCUGUUUAUAAAUACGGACCAUAAAAAAUGUUUUAGUUAAAAAGUUGGUAUUGGUAAUAAUUUUAAGGGUUCCAAGUUCAAAAUAUUUUCAUAUCAAAAUGAAAUUAUCAAUAAACGCGUUAUAAACAAAUACUCAAAAAUGGGUCACGUAAAAGGUUAAGUUACAAAACCUGAAUUGAUAUCAUUUAAGAAAUAUAUGCUCAACAUUAAUGUUAAAAAGGUAAAUUAUUUUAUAAAAAAAAUAACUAUAAAGAUCUGUUAUAAGGUUCUGAAGCAAGAAUCAUCAUGGUCUCUAAUAUCCACCAAAUUGUAAGAAGUGCAGAUGCUUUUUGUUUUGAUGUAGAUUCUACUGUUAUUCAAGAGGAAGGAAUAGACGAACUUGCAAAAUUUUUAAACAAAGGUGAUGAAGUAUCCAAUCUAACAGCUAAAGCCAUGGGUGGCAACAUGACAUUUCAAGAAUCUUUGAAAUUACGUCUGAAUAUAUUAAAACCUAGUUUAACAGAAGUUAAAGAGUUUUUAAAAAUUAGGCCACCAACAUUAACACCAGGAAUAAGAAAAUUGGUAGAUUUAUUACACAGCAGAAAAAUACCAGUUUUUUUAGUUUCGGGUGGAUUUAAAUGUAUAAUUGCUCCAAUCGCAUCUCAGUUACAAAUUCCCUAUGAACAUAUUUUUGCUAACAAAUUAAAAUUCUAUUUUUCAGGCGAAUUUGCGGGUUUUGACGAAAAUGAACCAACAUCCAAAAGUGGUGGGAAAGCACUUGUUAUAAAUCACUUAAAAAAUACCUACAAUUUAAACAAAAUUGUUUUAAUAGGCGAUGGAGCUACUGAUCUUGAAGCUUCCCCACCUGCUGAUGCAUUUAUAGGAUAUGGAGGCAAUGUUAUCAGACCAGCAGUAAAAGCUAAAGCCAAAUGGUUUGUUACAGAUUUUAAUGAAAUAAUAGAUAUUCUAAAUCAGUAAUUUUCCUUUUAAAUUUGAUAAUAAAUAUUUUUUUAAAAUGAUUGUGUAUUAAUUUAAAAUGAAAA